AUUGCCUAGCAACGGUGCCGUUUAGUUUCUCGCGCCGGGCUAUCCGCGGAAACUUUAGCUAACUUUGUGUGAGACACAAUGCCCAGAAAGACGGAGAGAAAAGGCAGCGACAAACGAGAUGGAAACAAGAAGACACCGAAAAAGGAAAACUCCGAGUUUCCUGCAGAGAAAAGCGGGUCUGCGGACAAAGAGAAGGACCUCUACCUGACACAGAUAGCGUAUUUAACCGACGAGUUGGAGCGAUAUCAGCUGAAAUGUGAUGACCUUGUGAGACAGAGGAAAGACUUGCUGACUCAGCGCAGCACACUGGAGCAGGAGAACAGAGACACGAUCGCGUACCUGAAGCGUUCCCUGUUGGAGAAGGAGGACGAGGUGGGCGAGCUGUCGCAGCGGCUGCAGAACCAGCUGCAGGCUUCAGAUCAGGAAAGAGACGCCCUGCAGCUGCGGCACAGCCGGGAGAGGCAGGAGCUACAGAACCGCAUCGAUGAGCUUAUCAAAGAAAACACAGCACUCGCAGAGAGGUUUGCAAGCCUGGAGGCGUUUCAGGGGCAAAAGGAGGAGAUGAUGUCCAGCUUAGAGUCUCUGGAGAAGCAGCUGGCAAGUCAGAAGGAAGAGCACAAGGAUGACAUUCACAGCCUGGAGAUGAAAGCGCUGCUGGAAAAGAGGAGAUUGGAGAGGGAGAUGGAGUCUCACGCUGCAGCCAUGGCAGCAGAGGUGCAGCUCCUGGUGGACCAGAAAGUCCCGGAGACGACCAGGCUGGCGCUGCAGGAGAACGCGGAGGUGAAAGCUUGCGUGGGGCAGCUGUCGGAGCAGGUGCAGAUCCUGAUGGAGGAGAAUGCCGCCCUGCGGGGCUGCAAGAGUCAGCUCAGCACGGAUGUGGAAAGCCUGGAAGAAAUGCUCAGAGAGACGUCACGCACCAGCUGCGUCCGUAAGAAGGUGGUGGAGCAGCUCACAGAGAAGUGCCAGCAGCUGCAGGCGGAGCAGAAGGACUGCAGGCAGCAGCUCGAGCAGCUUCAGACCGAACACGCAGGAGCCCUGGGCAAGAUGGAGGCGCUGAGGUCAAAGUUCACUCUGCCGUCCGUACAGAUGAGUCUCACUCAGGUUCACGUUCAUGUUAAUGAAAGCAAAGCAGCAGGUGCAGUUAUUACACAUACGGGCUCGUAGUCUCAUUUGUGGUACGUUUAUAUGCAAGCGAUAACUCCACAGUGAGAUUCAUCAAUAAUAAGUAAUCAAAUAAAUCAAUAACAACAGAGACACAAAAGAGACAGACAGGAAACAUAAAAGCACUGAAUCCUGUUACUGGUAGCAGCUGAUGGCUGGAUCAUGAUGAUGAGGCCUCCCUGAACGAGACAAGAAAACACCCACAGUACUUUAUAGUUUAUUCCUUUUUUACUUAUGAUUGCUGGAAAAUUCAUGUAUUAAUAUUUAAAAAUAGAAAAAUAUUUGUGCACUCAUUUUUGUUUUACUUCAAUACAAAGACAUAAACUAGUAUUUUACAUUAGUGCAGCAGAAAUACAGA